AUGCGUAGAACUAAUCGUCUAAUUGAUUUCUUCGUUUCAGGAGAUAUCUCAAUUGCUUUAACCGAUGCUAAAAAUCAAGAUCUUCCAUUUACAAUCGAUGACAGACAAGAUGGAACAUUUAAAAUAGACUAUACGCCAAAAUCACCUGGAGUUCAUUGCAUUAGUGUUCUAUUCAGCGAUAAUGAAAUACCUAUAUCACCACUCAAAGUUAAUGUCGAACCAACCGUUGAUGUCAGUAAAAUACGUAUCGAAGGCCUCGAAACACCACCCACCGUUGGACAGCCUGCGCAGGUAACAUUGAAUACGAUAGCAGCUGGUCCAAUACCAGCAAAUGCUAUUCGUGCGCGCGUAGUCGGACCUUCCGGCAACGCUCAGGAUGCAAUUAUUACACCAGCUCCACAAGGUUAUAAUCUUCGUUUCAAUGUGCCUGAACCGGGCACUUACGUCAUUGAACCAGAUGUGUAUACAAUACCGGUACGUCCAGCACAAGUUACAGCUAUUGAGCCGCUUGAUGCAAGUAAAGUACGUGCCUAUGGGCCCGGUCUAUCCCAAGGUACUGUCAAUAAACCAGCUGAUUUUACUGUUGACACACGUGGUGCCGGUAACGGUCAGCUUGGCGUCACAGUUGAAGGGCCUUCAGAAUCCAAAAUUGACUAUCAAGAUAAUAACGAUGGUAGUUGUCGUGUUACGUACCAUCCGACAGCCCCUGGUAAUUACAAUAUCAAUAUCUUAUACGAAGGAAAACACAUCGCUGGUUCACCAUUUCAUGCUGCUGUACGACCGGAUCUUGAUACGCGUAGCAUACGCUGUUAUGGUCCUGGUCUUGAUACAAACGGCGUUUUUCUCGAAAGUCCAACGGAGUUUACUGUUGAUGCUAAAUCCGUGACUAGCAGUGGUACAGGUCGUGUUGAAUGUCUAUUAACAUCACCCAGUGGUCGACCUGUUCGAUGUCCAGUGAAAAACAUGUCAAAUGGAACUUAUCAAGUACAGUAUGCCCCAUAUGAACCAGGCAUGCAUCAAUUGGAUGUAACGUACGAGAAUGUUCCUGUUCCAGGCAGUCCAUUUCGUGUCAAUGCUGCAUCCGGUUAUGAUGCCGCACGUGUACGUGCCUAUGGACCGGGCCUCGAAGGUGCAACAACAAACGAACCGACAACAUUUACAAUUGAAACCAAAGGCGCUGGUCAAGGAAGUCUCGGCCUAGCUAUCGAAGGGCCAUCGGAAGCGAAAAUGAUCUGCAAAGAUAAUCAAGACGGUACAUGCAUUAUGGAAUAUUUACCUACAAAAGCCGGUCAAUAUGAUAUAGCAAUUAAAUUUGCUGAACAACAUGUACCAGGCUCACCGUUUCAUGUCAAUGUACGUGAUCGACUUGAUGCUAGUCAUGUUAAUGUGAAAAUGAGUUCCACUAUGCGUGCGAACACCUUACAAGAAAUCGUUAUCGAUGGUCAAACAGCCGGACCUGGUAAUCCAUCCAUUGACAUCACUGAUUCGCACGGCCGACGCAAACCAGCUAGCAUUCGACCAAGAGGAGAAGGUGUUUACGUAGCCGAGUUUACUCCUCAAACCGAAGGUCCACAUCGUAUUGAUAUCAACUGGAGUGAUAAACCAGUACGUGAAAGUCCAUUUAACGUUCAAGUUCUGCCGAGUUUUGAACCACAGAAAGUUAUUGUUGACGGACCCGGUAUUCGUAACGGUAUUCCUGCUUCACUUGAAACUUCUUUUCGUAUUAACACACGUGAAGCUGGUCUCGAACAACCUGACGUUUCGAUCAAGAAUCCCGAAGGCGUAUUAGUUUCUUCGAAAUUAAUCGAUAACAAAGACGGUACAUAUAAAGUUAUCUACAAACCAAAUGAUGUCGGUCGAUAUAUAAUCAAUGUCAAUUAUGGCGGUAUUCCGGUUCUUAAUUCUCCGUUCAACGUAAAAGUGGAGCCAACUGGAGAUCCAACUAAAUGCCACCUUUCUGGCAGUGGCACCAAUUCUAGCGUCCAAGUGGGUGAAGAAUAUACGAUUACUGUCGAUACACAUGACGCUGGCCCAGGUGCGGUAACAUGUCGUAUUCGUUCGACUGCCGGCAGCGAUCUUGAUAUCGAUAUUGUCGAUAACGAAGAUGGAACAUUCAAUGUAUACUACACUCCACAUAAUCCAGGAAAUUAUGUUGUCAAAAUCAAAUUCGGUGGACAAGAUGUUCCAGGCGGUGAUUUCAUCGUCACGGCUGGCGAUUCCAGUAAAUACAAUCGUACUCAAACAACAGAAACUGUAACAAGCACGACGACAACGACAACAACUCAAUAUCGUCCCGUUGAUUUUCGUCUACCAGUUGGUGGAGGUCAAAUUGGUGAUAUAACCGCAUUAAUUCGAACACCCAACGGCAAAUUUCAUACUCCAAUUAUUGACGACAAUCAAGAUGGCACGGUNGUUUGCUUUUAUAUUUCAUCUAUAUAUACAUAUAUGUAUUGA